AUGGCCCGACGCGCACAUCGACGAGGCGCCCACCAUCGCCGAUGCGUUGGCACGCAUCGCCGCAGCCCGCCCGGAUCUCGUCACGCUGGACCUGUCCCUGCCGGAUGCCCGUGGCACCGAAGGCGCGAGCCGGCUGCUGCGCGCCGUGCCCAACGUGCCGCUGCUGGUGCUGAGCCUGAAUGCCGAAGCCGCCUACGCGGCGCGGCUGCUGCAGAUGGGUGCCUCCGGCUACCUGCCGAAGGAUCAGGCGCCCGACGAGCUGCGCGCGGCGCUGCGGCGGCUGUCCGAAGGCGGCCGCUACGUCACCGCGUCGAUGGCCGACCACCUGCUGGGCCUGCUCAGCGGCAAGGCGCCCGAGGCUCUGCCGCACGAGCAGCUGUCUGCGCAGGAGCACCGCGUGAUGCUGCUGAUCGCCUGCCGGGCCAGACGCCGGCUCAGAUCGCCGAGGACCAUGCACCUGUCGGUCAAGACGGUGGGCAGCUACCGGGCCCGCAUCCUGGAGAAGGCGGGCUGGGCCAACAACACCGAGCUGACGAAGUACUGCGUGCAGCACGGGCUGACCACGCUCUGACCUCGCGCUCGCCGCGAGCCGCCUGUAGGCAGAUUGCCUACACGUCGUGGCGCCGAUGCCGCUGGCGCGCUGCCGACAUCGGCCGCUGUCGCCGGCCCGGCCGCAGCGCCACCAUGGCGGCCAUGAACAUCUUUCUCGUCGAAGACUCCGCCUCCAUCCGCCGCCUGCUCGUGCGCCGGCUGGACGCCAUUCCCGGCAUGCGUGUGGUGGGUGAAGCCGCCAGCGAACGCCAGGCGCUAGCGCUGAUCCGCUGGACGCAGCCGGACGCCGUGCUGCUGGACCUGUCGCUGACCGAGGGCUCGGGGCUCAGCCUCGUCAGCCAGCUGCGCGCCAUCGGCUACGAGGGGCGCAUCUCCGUGCUGACCGCCCAGGACGUGGACGCCUACCGGCGCGCUUGCUUCGUCGCGGGGGUCGACGCCUUCUACGACAAGGCCAGCGGCCUGGAGAGCCUGUUCGACGACCUGGUCCCAGCCGGACCCGCGCGCCCUCGGCGGCUCGCCCCAGCAGCGAGCCGGGCGCCUGAAGAUGCUGCUGGUGCUGGCCCUCUGUGCGGCGCCGGUCAUCGCGUCCUACUUCACCUUCUACGUCAUCAAGCCCCAGGGCUCGGCCUAUGGCGAGCUGAUCACGCCGACCGUCGACCUGCCGGCCGACCUGCCGCUGACCGAUCUGCAAGGCAAGCCGGUGCCGGCGACGUCGCUGCAUGGCCAGUGGCUGCUCGUGGCGGUGCGCCCGUCCGCCUGCGACGCUGCCUGCGAACAACAGCUCUUCGUGCAGCGGCAGCUGCGCGAGAUGCUGGGCAAGGAGCGGGCCCGGGUCGACAAGAUCUGGCUCAUCCCCGACGACGGCACGCCGCGUGCCGAGGUGCUGGCCGCCGUGCUGCAGAAGGGCGUCGAAGCCACCGUGCUGCGUGUGCCCGAGGCGCGUCUGGCAGCGUGGCUCAAGCCCGCGCCCGGCAAGACGCUCGCUGA